ACAAAAUUACAUUGUAGAGAGAACAAUAUUAGGUUAAGUUAGAAACUGGACGAUGCAUUCAUUCUAAAACAUAAUGUAUUACUAAUAUAAUUAUUACAACUGCUAUGAGAAGUAACGUGACGUCAGCAGGAAAUUAACUCUCGUGAAAGAUUUCUUGGAAAAACGCAAAGUUUCGAGUUCCAUGGUGGAACGGUAAUCGGUCAAGGAAUUACGUACUACUCUACAUACAAAUACUAUUAAUUUUGUAUACAUAACUUUAAUGUGUAAGUUUUUUGUAAUAAACUUGUUUGAUGCGUUGUCAUUUUUGUACGUAAGGUUAACUAUGGAAACUCCUGGAUCUCGAGCUCUCGAAGCUGCUAAAAGUCUGAACGAUUUGGUUAUUUUUAAAAAACCAAUUGGCGUUGCAAAGAAAAGUAAACAGAUUCGUUCGAAAAUUUUGGAUGAAGAUACAUACAUUGAAAAAAUAGGCAAAAUUAUACAAAGAGAUUUCUUUCCACAUUUGGAAAAACUUCAAGCUCAGAAUCAGUAUUUGGAUGCCUUGGAACAAAAUGAUGUGAAAAGAAUGAGGGAACUUUAUGAGAAAUAUAGUUCUGGUCGACCAGCUACGGAAAGACCUGCUAGUCCAGCUACUUUUGAAACUCCUGUACGUAAAGAUGAGUCAGAAGAUGAACAUUUGAGAUCUAGCAAAGCAACCAGAGAUACGCCUUGUAAAACUGAGUCUAAAGAGAAAGAUAUUGAGAAUAAAGUAGGCUUAGAUGCCUUUUUAAGUAUUAACACUAGCGAAGAUAAUGCAAGUUUUGAAGAAAUGAUGGUCGAAGCAGAGAGAAGACGCAAAUUGAAAUACGCAUGGCUUUACGAAGCCGAAGAAAAAUCUAACUUGCUCGCUAUAGAAAGAUCUCAUAAGAAUUCACUUGACGUUGGACAAGAAAACAAGAGGCAGCCUGUAUUGGAUACUUGGAAUUACAGGAAUAAAAAUUAUAUUAUGUAUAUACCUGAUGGUGUAGAAUUAACGGCAGAUGAAAAGAUAGAUUUAGCAAAAGGGAAACAAAUGGUAACGCACGAAAAUACACGACUUAGAGUAAAUCCGUUCAACGAACAACAGAAUAAAGAAACUAUUAACGAAUUGGCGAAACAUCAAUCAAAAGUCAAUGACGGUAAAAUCGGUGUUGACGGAAAGGAAGUUGUGAAAAAUGCUGCACCAACUGUCAACGGAUACAGUUUUGUAGCUACUCCUAGCCCUCGACCAGGAGAAUGCGAAAGUCCUUUGAUGACAUGGGGUGAAAUCGAAGGAACUCCUUUUAGAUUGGAUGGCGGUGAUACUCCAUUAUUGAGAACUAGUCAAGGUCCUUCCUUUAGGAUGGCAGAACCGCCUAAAAGAGAACAAAUAGCUUUACAAUUAGCGGAAAAAGCUGGCGAACGACACAGAGAUAGGAAGAAUAAAGCACUGGAAGCAGCCAGAAAAUCACUGGCAACGCCCUCUCCAAGAUCGACCAUCGAUCGAUUAAGCACAAUGUCACCUGCAGCGAGAAGAUUGGCAACUCAGAAACUUCGUAUAGCGCAUACUCCUUCGCCUCGAAGAGUUUCCUCAUCGAGAACGCCGUCUAUAGGUAUUAGGACACCGACUACGCCUAGAGCAAACACCCCAUUGAAACGUGACACAGAUUCGUCGGAAAGAAGUAACGGUACUAGCCAAAGAUCGCAAGGCCCUGUUCUAACGGAUAAUUUACUCAAUUUACCACCACAAAGACAAAGAGCUUCUGAUUUUUUUAAUAAGUGAACAAUAAAUAAAAACACAACUGUGAGUUUAAUUGCAAGUUUGUAAAUAAUUUUGCAUACCGCAAACGUAUGAUAUUACCAUGAAUCGAAUUACCGUGAAUCGAAAACAUGCAAAUGUUGUAAAUACGAAUGGAUGUAAGAAUAAAGUGAUUGUGUAAUAA